CGGACACGGCAGGACUCUCCUCUGCUGUCCUGCGGUAACAUUGUUGUGGAACGACGUCACACCUCGAAAAUGAAGGCACGGAGGCAGCCAUUACUGGAGCUUCUCUAAUUAUUUUAUUCCAAAUAAAUACUCCAGGAAAACUCCCAUGGCAAGAGCUACAAGUCAGAUGUAUGAUGUUGUGCCCAUUCAGCCCAACGUUGCCAUCUGUUCCUGCUCACAUCCAUCAAUGGCCAGAAACCACCCCGACUCCUGUUCGCCACUUGCUAUCCCAAGCGCAAGCAGCAGUCACUGCCCCAGCAUGGAGGGCUCAGCGUCACAGACUAAUGCUGUAGGAGCGUCUGGCAGCACCCAGAGCUUGGACGUCCGCGCACAGCCGGCAGUCCAGACCCCUCAGCCACGCAAGAAGAAGCCGGAGGAUUUCAAGUUUGGCAAGAUACUGGGAGAGGGCUCCUUCUCAACGGUCGCUCUGGGAAGAGAGUUGGCCACAGGGAAAGAAUAUGCAAUUAAGAUUUUAGAGAAGCGGCACAUUAUGAAGGAGAACAAGGUCCAGUACGUGAAAAGAGAAAGAGAUUUGAUGUCAAAUCUUGAUCACCCAUUCUUUGUAAAGCUCUAUUUCACGUUUCAAGAUGAUGAGAAGUUGUAUUUUGGUCUAAGCUAUGCUAAGAAUGGUGAACUCCUAAAAUACAUUCGCAAAAUUGGUUCAUUUGAUGAGACCUGUACGCGGUUCUACUCAGCGGAAAUAGUUUGUGCUCUAGAAUACUUACACAAAAAGGGCAUAAUUCACAGAGAUCUGAAACCAGAAAAUAUUCUUUUGAAUGAGGAGAUGCACAUCCAGAUAACAGAUUUUGGGACAGCAAAACAAUUAUCAUCUGAGAGUAAACAAGCAAGAGCAAACUCUUUUGUUGGAACAGCACAGUAUGUCUCUCCAGAGCUGCUAACGGAAAAAUCAGCUUGCAAGAGCUCUGAUCUUUGGGCUUUGGGGUGUAUUAUCUAUCAGCUGGUGGCUGGUUUACCACCAUUCAGAGCUGGAAAUGAAUACCUAAUAUUCCAGAAAAUAAUAAAGCUGGAGUAUGAGUUUCCAGAAAAAUUCUUCCCCAAAGCUAAGGAUCUCGUUGAACAGCUUUUGUCGUUGGACCCAUCCAAGCGGCUUGGUUGUGAAGAGAUGGGAGGGUACGACCCGCUUAAGCAGCAUCCCUUCUUUGACACCAUUUCAUGGAGUGAUUUACACCUACAGACACCCCCUAAGCUCACACCCUACCUGCCAGCUAUGUCUGAAGAUGAUGAAGACUGCUAUGGAAAUUAUGAUGACCUCCUGAGCCAGUUCAGCAACAUGCAGGUGGCCCCGUCCAGCUCAUCACACUCCUUGUCGCCACAUGAUUCUGCGCCUCCUCAGAGAUCCAGCAGCAACAUAGAACAGUACAUUCAUGACCUGGACAACAACUCCUUUGAGCUGGAUCUGCAGUUCACCGAUGAAGAAAAGAAAUUGCUGCUGGACAAACAGACCAAUGGGAACCCUUGGCAUCAGUUUGUGGAGAAUAAUCUGAUCCUGAAAAUGGGGCCUGUGGAUAAACGGAAGGGUCUGUUUGCACGUCGGAGACAGCUGCUCCUUACAGAAGGACCACACCUUUAUUAUGUGGAUCCUGUAAACAGGGUCCUGAAAGGGGAGAUUCCUUGGUCCUCCGAGUUACGCCCUGAGGCCAAAAACUUCAAAACCUUCUUUGUUCACACGCCUAACCGGACAUACUAUCUGAUGGACCCCAGCGGAAAUGCCGACAGAUGGUGCAAGAAGAUCCAGGAAGUGUGGAGAAAGAUCUAUCAGAGGCACCAAAACCCGGGCCUAUAGGAGCAUAAUCCAUUCUGUGCCCAUUCAUUUUUAGCUCUGAGGCCAAUCACUGAGCAGAGUAACACCCUCUUUAGUGCCCUUCAUCACAGCAAUGUAAACAAACUCUUAGAGACGCUGGCAUCUAGACCUUGUUUGUUUUCCUGAGUAGAUCCAUGGGAAAAUACAACUUUGGAUUCAGGGUUGCUUUGCUUGUUCUUUGUGCUCUCUCUGAGGCUUCUAUUGCAUUUUCCAUGUAUGGAUGAUAAGACUUCCACAAUGAACGUCUGCAUUUUGUACAUUCUGCUUUGGGCUUGGGGGUGGGGUGGCAGAGAGGAUGGGCAAGCUUAUCUUGUAUGGUGACAUAAGCUUGGGUACUGCUAGGACUAUCCUGAAUGCAAGGACUGGUUUCCUGCUUCAUUGAUAACAGAGUUAUGCUUUUAUGAACCAGAGCCAGACCAGAUAUCUUUAAUUAAACCAUAUCCUAAUCAUACAUUAUAUGUGCGAGUUGUUGUAAAGCCCAACUUUUAGUGCAUUUACUCUCUAGUGACAGAUACUGUAAACUGAUUCAGUCUCACACUUAUUCAGCUCAAAACCCUGUUAUUUUUUACCUCCCUAUGUCGGAGCUCAUCUAUUCCCUUGGUGUUGGAGUUGUUUUUCAGUCUCUUGGUACUUGCUUAUUGCAGUCCAAUUAAGGUCUCUGAGUAACAAAGCAGAGUAACUGGUCUGUAGUGAGAAAUGGGUCUGAACCAUUAUGAGAAUGAGCCUUCCAUAGCUGUUACGAAGCUUUUUUUUUUUUUUUUUUGGUAUUUGGGUGGGUAAACAUGCCACUAACUUGUACACCUUCUCUCUAUCUUGCUUAUCUUUCCUGCAUGGCCAGUUUUGUUGCUAUGGCUUUUCUCUUCUGGGCACUGGAGAUGUAGUUUUAAGUUAAAAUGGGAUUUCUUGCUGCAUUGGCAACCGUUGCGAAAUUUGGAUGUCUUGUUUUUUGUUUGUUUCAUUUUACUGGCUCUUGUGGUGUGAAUUCUCCUAAAUUCCUUUCUGAUGGAAUACAUGGCUCAUCUUCAGUUUGUCUCACUGAAAAAUAAAAUCUCAUGUGCUGACCACCCCAUGCUGAACAGAAAACCUCCACAAACAGAGAUGCAUACACGUGCUAUCAUCCUCGGAAGCAAUCAGAAAAAGCUGUCAUCCCUGGACAAGAUGGCAUAACUGCCUCAUGGGGCCCUUACAUUUUAUUUUUAUUAUCUUUGAUUUUUGAUUUCACUGUUUUUGGCCCAAUAGAAAUUAAAGCGAAUGAAUUAUUUUUUUUUUUUUUCUUUUAGAAAUCUGUAUAAUCAUCAUUUGUUUUUAAUUUUUGACGUCGUACCUUAAGGUCCUUUCCAAAGGCCCCUCUUCCUUCAGCUGAGUCUGUGUGCAGUGUGUGACUGGAGUCUAAGUGAACAGCACCCUGGAGCUAAACCGGGGCUGGAUGUGGUUGGAUUUCAUUUAGAGGAUAUUCAUCUGAUCCAAAUAAACCGCUGAAAUUGCUGUAUCUGUCUGUAAAGUCGAGGGAACACCAGAGGAGUGUUUUUCCUCCUGAUUUAAUAAAAAUUAGAAAAAACCCUAUUCUGAAUCAAGUCGAUGGCAGUCGGUUACGUCAUGUAUGAAAUACUUUACCUGGCUUGUAACUGACCAGAACUGUGAUGUACAGAUGAUGUAUUAUUAAAUCUGAAGCGAGUAAUGCAAUGAUAUUAGGAUACAGUUUUUGUAUUAUUUUUUUUUCUUGUAUAAGGUUAUUGAUGGCUAUUGUUUAGCCUAUAGUUCAUUCUGUGUUAUUUAAAUUCUAAUAUAUGAAUCAUAUUUGGAUUGAAGUCAUGUUCAGGGGCCAUGUUGUGUAUGUAUUGAGAUGUAAAGCCUUUGAAUGUGAAUAAUUAUUGUAAACUAUAAUAUUUUACAGCUUUUUUCUUACUAUAUCAUACAUUUUCUAUUUGCUCAGUGACUUAAUCAUAUUCUGAUAAUUUAAUGAAUCUGUUCAUUCUCUCUCUGAUUAUUUGUGCGCUAGGUCAGUAGAUGUUGAAUGAUGAAUUUUCCACUUAAUGCUUGGUAGUCCAGUAAUUAAAGCAUGUAGGGAUGUAGGCAUUCAAAAGAAAGCCGUGUGUCUUGUCUUCUGUUUAACAACCUCCACCAUGACACUGAACAGAGUUCAGUAGUGAUGACGUCUGACAUUUCUGCAGCAUGUAAAUAAAGUACC